AUGCGGUUUCAGCAAUCCAAGCCAAAGGAGGUAGCCCGCGCCGUCGAGGAGGCUCUGAGAUUGGGCUACCGCCAUAUCGACGCGGCCGCUACCUACGACAAUGAGGAAGAGGUUGGCGCUGGUAUAAAAGCCUCGGGUGUCCCGCGCUCAGAGAUUUUCCUGACAUCCAAGCUCUGGAACACUCACCACAAGGCUGAGGAUGUGGAAGAGGCCGUCGAUGAGUCCCUCAGGGAUCUGCAGACAGACUACCUCGACCUGUACCUGAUCCAUUGGCCCGUGGCCUUCCAGAAACCUGAGACACCUAGAGCCCGCGCGGCGGUUGACACUAAUGAUGGCGGUGUUCAUGUGAUCGAGGUACCAGUGGAGGAGACGUGGCGAGCCAUGGAGAGAAUGGUUGAAAAGGGCAAGAUCAGGACCAUUGGCCUUAGCAACUUCACGCAAGAGCGCAUCGAGGAGGUCCUCAGCUUCGCCAAAACCAAGCCCGCCGUCCUCCAGAUCGAAGCGCACCCCUACUUCCAACAGCCGGCCCUGUUGGACUGGUGCAAGAAGAACGACAUUCUAGUAACGGCCUACUCACCCUCGGGCAACAACGUCUAUGGUUUUCCCAAGACCAUCGACGAUCCGACUGUGACCCGGAUUGCCAAGGACCUGGGCAAGACACCCGCUCAGGUGCUCAUCCAGUGGGGUGUACAGCGCGGUACUGUCGUGCUGCCCAAGAGCGUCACUCCGUCGCGCAUUGCAGAGAACUUUGUCGAUUUCGAGAUACCAGAGAAGGCAAUGCAGGAAAUCUAUGCUCUCGACAGGAAUACACGGUAUAACUUCCCCGCGAGGUUGGGUGUCAAUGUCUUUGGGGAGAAGACGGAGGAGGAGCUGAAGAAAGGCAGGGCGGACUGGAUCGCCGCGCAAAAGAGUGGCAAGAGUUAUUUCGCCCUCGUCAGACGAACGAAGCUCCCGCAUGCUAUAUGUAAUCGUUCAUCCUAUGCGAUGAGCACACCCGCCGAAGUCGGCGCAGUCCUAGGCCCGUUCGCGGCCUUCAUACAGAAUUACAACAUGGGCAAAAUUGCAAAGAUUGAAUACUUCCGCGUCCCGCCCCGGUGGCUGUUUGUCAAGAUCACCGACGACGCUGGCGUCGUCGGUUGGGGCGAGGCCUCGCUCGAAGGGCACACGCAAGCUGUUGAGGGCUGUCUAGAUGCCUGGAUUAAUCAGUACACGGGUAUGGAGGCCGACGACAUUGAGCACAUCUGGCAAAAGACAUGGCGCAUGGGAUUCUACCGCGGCGGACCCGUCUUCAUGUCCGCCCUCGCCGGCAUCGACAUUGCGCUCUGGGACAUCAAGGCGCGCAAGCUGAAUGUCCCCAUCUACCAGCUCCUCGGCGGCAAAGUCCGCUCCACACUCAAGGUCUAUGCCUGGAUCGGCGGUGAUCGUCCCGCCGAUAUUGAGCAGCAGGCUCUCGGUCGCAGGGCGCAGGGCUUCACGGCCGUCAAGAUGAACGGAACUGAGGACGUUGGCUGGCUCGACUCGCCUAGCACCUUGGAUAGCUGCGUUGAGCGUGUCAAGGCCGUCAAGGCGUUGGGCCUCGAUGCAGGUGUGGACUUUCACGGACGCGUGCACCGGCCCAUGGCGAAGCAACUCGCCGCCGCAUUGGCAGAGCAUAAACCCAUGUUUAUCGAGGAGCCGCUUCUGUCAGAGCAUAUUGAGGGGAUCAAGAGUCUGAGCGCACUCACGACGAUACCUAUAGCACUCGGCGAGCGGCUACACUCCCGUUGGGAUGUGAAGCCCUUCCUCGAGGCCUCAUGCAUCGACAUCUUACAGCCAGACAUCGCGCAUGUCGGCGGCAUCUCCGAGCUUAGACGGAUAGCAGCCAUGGCAGAGGCGUACGACGUCGCAAUCGCACCGCAUUGUCCUCUCGGCCCGAUCGCGCUGGCGGCGUGCAUCCAGGUCGAUGCCACACUAGCCAACUUUGCGAUUCAGGAGAUGAGUCUGGGCAUUCACUAUAAUACCGGGGGCCACGACCUGCUGUCCUAUAGCAAGAACCCGGAGAUAUGGGAUGUCAAGGACGGCUUCAUCAAGCUAAUGGAGGGCCCGGGUUUGGGUGUCGACAUUGACGAGGACAAGGUGCGGGAGUUGAGCACGGGUGCCGAGGCGUGGGUGAGCCCUGGCUUUGUUGGGCCAGGCGGCGAGUGGCGCGAGUGGUAG